AUGUGGCUAGUGGGUGAGCCCGCGAAGAAGGAUGGCGGUUUCUGGAUAGAUGCGGAAAUUGUCGGGGCCAAUAGGUACAUGAGCACGAAAUUCAUGAUUGAGCCAACGACGAGGGUUGAGAAGACAAAGUCGAGCUCGUUGAGUCCGAAAUUGGGGCGUGAGGCCAUGUCACCGAGGACACAGGCGCUCACGCCAACAAUCUCUUCCAUGAGGACUUUGAAUGGGAAUUGGGGGUCGGCUAAAACCCUAGAUCGCCACCCGUUGAUGAAAGCACUGAUUGGACUGAAGCCAUCGAUUGAUACGGGUUUGUUGGGUUCGUCGGAAUCUUCACCGCCGCCGUUGUUUCCGCCGCCGCCGCGCCGCCCUCGAUUGUUGCCGCCGGUGAUGUCACCGCCGCCGCCAGCGGCGGCGGCGGCAUGA